GAAGCAUGUGCGCCCCGUGGAACAAGAAGGCGGGAAAUAGAAGAGGCCGCGUCACGUUACAGUCAUGAGCUGAGUCCGUGAUAAUGGCCGGUGCAGACAUGUCGGGGGACGGGCGGGAGAGCUGUAGGAUGAAGAUUGUGAGCUGGAAUAUUAAUGGUAUUCGAGCAACACGCGUAGGACUCAAAGAGAUCUUGGACUCUUUAGAUGCCGACAUCAUCUGUCUCCAGGAAACUAAAGUCACCAGAGACUUGCUGGAGGAGCCCGUCGCUAUAGUUGAGGGGUACAAUUCCUACUUCAGUUUCUGCCGUGUGAGAAGUGGAUACUCUGGAGUUGCUACGUUCUGUAAAAACACCACAACCCCAUUGGCGGCAGAGGAGGGUCUCUCAGGACAACUGAACGGUCACAAAGGGUCUAUUGGCUGCUAUGGUAAUACGGAGGAGUUCUAUGAAGAGGAGCUACUGUCCCUAGACCAAGAGGGGAGAGCCGUGAUCACGCAGCACACGAUUCUCACAGCAGACGGUAAGGAGGACACUCUGACUGUGAUCAAUGUUUACUGCCCAAGAGCAGACCCCGAGAAGCCUGAACGCAAGACCUACAAACUGCGCUUCUACCGCUUGCUUCAGAUCCGUGCAGAAACCAUUUUGAGAAAUGGAGGCCAUGUGAUUAUACUGGGUGACGUGAAUACGUCUCAUAAACCCCUUGACCACUGUGAUCCGACAGAUCUGGAAGUUUUUGAGGAGAACCCAGGACGACAGUGGUUGAACCAGUUCCUUGCUGACCCUACCACGUCUAAAACAGAAGAUGCCAAUCAACCAAAUGUUGGGGGUCUGUUUCUGGACAGCUUCCGUUACUUUCAUCCCACCCAGAAGAAUGCCUUUACGUGCUGGUGUUCUGCUUCUGGCGCGCGGCAGACCAACUAUGGCACCCGCAUAGACUAUAUUCUGGCCAACCGAAAGCUGGUAGAAGCAGAGUUUUUGGACUCCAUUAUUCUGCCAGAGGUUGAAGGAUCUGACCAUUGCCCAGUUAAAGUGUUUAUGAAAUGUUUCCCACUGGCCGCUGUCAAAUGCCCGUCCCUAUGCACCAAGUACCUCCCAGAGUUUGCCGGUCGGCAGCAGAAGCUUUCUCAGUUUCUGGUUAGAAAGAACAAAGACCUUGAAGUUUCAACUGGAGACACCAAGGAGCAGUUCAGUUCUCAGUCCUCAAGUGAAAGCUCUGAACCAAGUGCUGCCCGUAAGAGGACAAAUGAGAAGGUUGGCGGAAGUAAUGGUAAGAAAGGUAAACCAGUUCCCAAAAGUGGGCAGGGCAGCCUUCUCGGCUUCUUCAAACCCGUCGUCCCUAAGUCAACGGCCUUGAGCAAUGGUGAGAAGAAGUCUGUAAUCUCUGAGUCUGAGACGAAGAAUGUGACGUUAACGACACAACAAGGCUGUUCUCUGCCUCCAACCUCUGGAAGUCAAAAUGGAAACCAACAGCCAACUGCCUUCUGGAAGACCCUUCUGAAAGGACCACCUCCUCCACCCAACUGUAAGGGUCACGGAGAGCCCUGUGUCCUGCGUACGGUAAAAAAGCCCGGUCCUAACUGCGGCCGUCAGUUCUAUGUCUGUGCUCGGCCUGUGGGCCACUCUUCCAACCCGCAGGCGCGGUGCAACUUUUUUCUGUGGGUUAACAAAAAAUCUGGAGCAGAUGGAUGAUUGCUGCGUUUACAACAGAUACUACUGCCUUUAGUUUAUUAAAUGGGUUGUACAGGAGUAGAAAAACAUGGCUGCUUUCUUCUGGAAACGGUGCGUCUUGUAUCUCAGCGCCAUAGAGUGCAUGGAGACACAGCCUCUGGACAGGUGUGGGGCAAUUUUCGUUAGAAAGCAGCCAUGUUUUUCUAAUCCGGUACAAUCUCUCUAAUUUAUAAUAUGGUGCUAAGUGAAACCUAUCACGUACAGUCUUCAUAUAGGCCCAGUGGUCACAACCAACAUUUUCAUGAACGGAAUCUGAUAAUGUUUGGGAGUCAAUCUUCCUAUUGUCCUUAGAGGGGAAGUUAAAUGGCAUCUGUCAGCAGUUUUGUACCUAUGACACUGGCUGACCUGUUACAUGUGCGCUUGGCAGCUGGAGGCAUCUGUGUUGGUCCCAUGUUCAUAUGUUCCCGCAUUGC